AUGUCUAUGCAGACGAGUUUGUGCAAGGAAAAGAACAUCCCAUUGAGCCAGAUCAUACGGCCCAUUCAGCCGGUCCUAGACCAUGCAAAGAUCGAUGCGAUGAUAUCUACUUUCAAGGGAACACCGAAGGCGUCUCGAACAAUGACCGAGUCACAAGCUGCAGAACGUGUUGCCACAUUACCCGCCGAUCAGCGUCUACCUCCAGUGGACGUCGCUGCCGUCCGUUACCCGGAAACAGGAGAAACAAGGUACUUUGCAUUCGGCGGCUGCCAUCGUCUCCAGGCGUACGACAAAUUAGCCUCGGAAUCCCAGGAAAACGAUAUCGCGGUCCGUUGUCGGUUGAUGCCCAUGACACCAAAACAAUUGAAACUAUACGUUGGAGGAUCUGGAGACGCAUAG